AUGGGAAACAACUAUAUCUUCUCCCUCACGCCGACUUUCACUCAAGGCCUCGUGCUAGGUCAACUCUCAAUCUUGGUUCUCCUCGCGCUUGUCCUCAAAUACCUAUUUUUCAUUCCUCCUGAAAGUGAGACGGAAACUGUCCCAUUCCACCCUCUGUCAAAAUCAAACCCUUCGUGGCAUCAAGACGUGAAGGAGGACGAUAAAGACAGCAUUCCAGAACAGGAGUCAGCGCAUUGGUUCAAUAUACUCGCAAGGCAGGUUGUAGAAGUGUACAGAGCUAAGCUUCAGAACAACCUUACGGGAUAUGAGGGAAUUGAGGUUGCCCGCAGGAAAAUUGAGGACCACGCGAAUAACUUGCGUCCACGCGGAUUUCUAGCAAUACACUCUGUGGACCUAGGAAUGUCUGCGCCCAAGUUGUCCAACGCACGGGUUGUGAAUGACAACGAUGGGGACUCCGCUCCGACGACGAUCGAAUUCGACAUGUCAUAUACAGACACCAUUUCCGUCUCACUUUCUACGUCCUAUUUGUUUAAUUACCCCAUGUCUUCGUUUGCUCGGCUACCUGUUUCACUCACAAUAUCUUUAUCUCUGUUCGAGUCAAAAGUUACUUUGGUUCCGCCGUCUCCUGCAUCAGCUGCCCCCGUUUUGACCAUAUCGUUGCCACAAGACUUUACUCUCAACCUCAAGACAACGUCGCUCAUGGGGAGCCGAGCAAUGCUCAGGGACGUGCCAAAACUUCAUGAGUUGAUUGAAUACCAGGUCAGGAAAGUCCUAGCCCUCCGAGGAACGUGGAAAGUUAUUCUACCUGGUAUGGGAAGUUUGGCUACCGUUCAACAGGAGAUAGAAAAAGAACAGGCUGCUUCCAAAGAGCAGGGCUGA